UUGAAGGAAGCAGGGGCAGUCAAUUCCAAAGACCAGGGAAAACCCCCAAGUGCAGCCAAGCAACUUAAGCAAACAGUUAGUGACAUAAAGCAUGAUGUUGAAUCCCAACUACAACAGACCCGCCAAACUGGUUUUCGGGUUCAUAGAAUCGCUAAAAGGUUAAAGAAACUUCACAUUAGUGGCCUCAAUAAUGCCAUAAACUCUGCAACUGUUGUGGCUGUUCUCAUUGCAACUGUUGCUUUCGCGGCCAUAUUCACCGUACCCGGCCAGUUUGUCGAGCAGGAAACGAAAGGUCUUACUCUGGGACAAGCACAUAUUGCUACGAACGCAGCUUUCGUCGUUUUCAUGAUCUCCGACAGCUUGGCGUUGUUCAUUUCCCUGGCAGUUGUAGUCGUCCAGACAUCCGUGGUCGUGAUUGAACAGAAAGCAAAGAGACAGCUUGUUUUUGUGAUUAACAAGCUC